AUGCUGCGAGAAGUGUUAACACGCGUUGGUUGCGGUUACUCCAUUCGUGAAUUCACUGAAGUGCAAAGAGACAGGAUGAACGGCCUAAACGGACACACGAACGGGGACAUGAACGGCGCUGGGGAUAUAAUCACGCAGAACCAGCAGCGGGGCUGGUGGACCAUCGGCCUGAUCAACUCGCGUUACCGCUACCUCACCGCGGAGACCUUUGGCUUCAAGAUCAACGCCAACGGGACUAGUCUCAAGAAGAAGCAGAUCUGGACCCUCGAGCCGGCCUCGGGCAACCCCAACGACAGCAUGAUCUACUUGCGGUCUCACUUGGACAAGUAUUUGGCGGUGGAUUCGUUCGGCAACGUGACCUGCGAGGCUGACGAGAAGGAGCCGGGCAGCAAGUUCCAGAUCAGCGUGUCCGACGAUUCGUCUGGGCGAUGGGCGCUCCGCAACGUGGAGAGGGGCUACUUCUUGGGGUCCAGCUCGGAUAAACUGACCUGCACGGCCAAGGUCCCGGGAGAUGCCGAGUUGUGGCACGUGCAUUUGGCCGCUCGGCCGCAGGUCAACCUAAGGUCCAUCGGACGCAAGCGAUUCGCGCACCUCUCGGAGAGUUUGGACGAGAUCCACGUCGAUGCGAACGUGCCCUGGGGCGAGGACACGCUGUUCACCCUGGAGUUCAGAGCCGACGAGGGCGGGAAGUACGCCCUGCACACGUGCAACAACAAGUACCUCAGCGCGCCGGGCAAACUCCUCGACACCUGCACUCCGGCGUGCCUCUUCAGCGCCGAGUACCACGCCGGAGCGCUCGCGCUGCGGGACAGCGCGGGAGCCUACCUCGCUCCGAUCGGCUCCAAGGCGGUCCUAAAGACGCGCUCCACGGCCGUCACUCGAGAUGAGCUGUUCUCUUUGGAGGACAGUCUCCCCCAGGCCGCCUUCGUUGCGGCGCUCAAUGACAAAUACGUUUCUGUCAAGCAAGGCGUUGAUGUGACGGCGAACCAGGACGAGAUCUCGUCCCACGAAACGUUCCAGCUGGAGUUCGACUGGGCCACGCGCAGGUGGUACAUCCGCACCAUGCAGGACCGCUACUGGACUCUCGAGACCGGAGGCGGCAUCCAGGCCAGCGGAGACAACAAAUCGUCAAACGCCCUAUUCGAGCUGGAGUGGCAGGGGAGCGGCUCGGUGGCGUUCCGCGCCAACAACGGCAAGUACCUCAUGACGAAGCGAUCCGGACACCUUUACGCCAACGCGGACUCCGUCGAUGACAAUUGCAAAUAUUACUUCUAUCUUAUCAACAGGCCUAUCUUAGUGCUGAAAUGCGAGCAAGGUUUCGUGGGCCCCAAAGGCGUUCGGCUCGAGUGCAACAAGGCCAAUUACGAAACUAUCCAAGUGGUGCGGGGACCCAAAGGCGCAGUUUACUUUAAAGGAUCAAACAACAGAUACUGGCACGCAGAUAGCGAAGCUGUCACAUGUGAUUCCGAAACUCCACAGGGCUUCCACUUGGAGUUGAGAGAACCGACCAGGCUGGCCAUCAGGUCGGCGGAGGACGGACACUACCUCUCCGCGGCCAAGAACGGCAACUUCCGUCUCGCCACUGCAGACCUCUCCUCCGGCACGCAAUGGGAGUAUUAA